GGGAAUGGAAAAGGAUGGGGAGAAGCUGGGGGCUGGGGGGAGGCCAGAGCGAGGGGACUGGAGGCGUGGGGAGCCGGGCAGGCACUGGGCCGAGCUGAGCCGAGCUGAGCGAGGGGCCGCGCGGCCCAAGAGCAGGGGCUCCGGGGUACCAGGCCCGGAGGGGAGCAGCGCAGCAGCAAGCCACGAGCCCCGAGGAGGCGGGCCGGGCGGAGGAGACUGCGGGGCCCCGGGCCGGGGCCAGGGCCGGGGCCGGGGCCAGGGCCGGGCCGGGAGACGAACCUGUCCUAGUCUCCAGGAGGCGGCUGGAGCUCCGGAGGGGGGCCGGCCUGGGCUGGGGGACCGCGUGCGCCCGACCCAGGCCCAGAGGCAGGAGGACCCUAAGCACCUCGGCUCCGGGGCCCCGACGGCGGCGGCAUCGGCUGCAGCUUCAGCGUUGGCGGCAGCUUCGGCCCGGCCUCCAUCUUUGCUCCGGUUCUCCCCUGGGGGCGCGCUCCCGCGCCGAAGCGCGUCCUCGUCGCCACCCCCCCUCCCCAGGCGCGCCCCUGACGGAGGCGCGCUCCUGUCCGGUGCAGGUGGAGCAGAGGAGGUGCCAGGAUGGAAAACUGACACAGGAAUGGAAGCAAAAAGGACUCACAACCUAACAAUCCCUGGAAGCCUGGAAGAUCAGGGUUCAGGAAAAGAGCAG